AUGCCUCCUCCCGUUGAAGAUUUGUCCGACGAGGAAUCUGGCGACAUUCCCUUCAGAAAGGCGCCGGAGGCAAAUGGCAAAUAUAAUCAGGAGUCCCCGGAGGACGAAGAAGACGAAGACGAAGAGGAGGAUGAUGGGGAGGAGGGACUCUAUGUAGUCGAGGAUAUUCUUGAUCACGCAUGGCUUGAUGAUGGGACUCUUAAGCUUUUGGUAAAAUGGAAGGGCUAUGACAAGAUCAAAGACCGCACAUGGGAAGAGGAGGAUGGUCUCAUGGAAGGAGCCCGUGACGUUGUCAUAGCAUACUACAAGAGGAUUGGUGGUCGCCCGGGGAAGGAAGAAUUGCAGCCUGCGGCAGCGAAGCCAGGUCGCAAGCGCAAAUCCAUGGGUGAUUCGACGCUUGCUAAGGCUUCACCGGCCCCGGCAGCGAGCGAAGCUAAGAGACAGCGCCGAAAAUCAAUACCUAAAGAGACGUCUGAGCAAGCUUCCCCCUCAUCUGAAGAAAAUGGCAUUCAAUGGCUUCCAAAGGGAAAGAACUGGGAUAAGGAUGUGAAAGAGGUGGACACAAUAGUCCGGGAGGGCGACGCAGGUCUCAUGGCCUGGCUCGAAUUCAACAACGGACACAAGGCGAAACUGUCUGUCCAGGCCUGCUAUGAAAAGUGUCCUCUAAAAAUGCUCAAGUUUUACGAAUCGCACCUUGUUUUCAAGGAUAACUGA